UAUAUGUAUUAUUUACAUAAAAAUGUAAUAGAAUGAAAAGUCAAUUUGGUAUUUCAAAAUAUUUGGCACAGAUCUCAAAUCCAAAUAUGUGAUUAUCCUACGUGAAUUACGACAAUGUAUUUAAAUCCAAUUAUGUAUAGCUCUAUCAUGUACGAAUACUCGUUUUGUGGAACUAUGUUUUGCUAUUGACGUCUUAAGAAAUAUAGUAGAAUUAAUGCAAGAGAAGAAAACUGUUUAAGUAGUUUUACUUCAUUUGUUAAUGUACAAUUUUUGUCAGUUUAAAAAAGUGUUAGCUCAAAGUCACAAAUGAUGUUACAUGUGUUACGAUAAUUAGCAGGAUUUAAAGAGCAAUAAUUUUCUAAUAAGUAUAAUAAUUUAAAUUAGAUUAUGCAGGUGCGCGCGAUGUAACUUAGGAGAUGUGGAAAAUUGUAAACGCGCGUGCUCAUGUGCUACGUGAGACGGUAGUUGCCAUGUGUAAGUAAAUUUAUCAGCUUCGGUGGAAUGAGUGUAGUUGCUUCCAGUGAUCCUUUGUACGUGAUACGCUUUGCUGGAAUAGUUUAUUUUCGCGACGACUGGCAGAAUCACUGUUUUACUCAUAAUUUUACGAUAAUAGUAGAUUAACAAGUGCAUUUACUAAUUUAUAAGUCGAGUUUUGAACGAUAAUGGGUGCAGGCAAAAGUCAAUUCACAGAAGAUGAAUUACAAGAUUAUCAAGAUCUCACGUAUUUCACGAAAAAGGAAGUGCUGUAUGCUCAUCAAAAAUUCAAGGCUCUUGCUCCUGAGAAAGUAGGACAUAAUAGGAAUGCAAAACUACCUAUGUCAAAGGUUUUACAAUAUCCAGAACUUCGAGUAAAUCCUUUUGGAGAUAGAAUCUGUAAAGUGUUUAGUUCUAGCCAGGAUGGGGAUUGUACAUUUGAAGAUUUCUUGGAUAUGAUGUCUGUAUUUAGUGAUGCAGCUCCAAAAGCUGUAAAGGCUGAACAUGCCUUUCGAAUUUUUGAUUUUGAUGGCGAUGACAUGCUUGGUAUUGGUGAUUUGAGACAAGUAGUUGAUAGAUUGACAGCUCCACAAAGAUUAAAUGAAACGGACAUGCAACAGCUUCUACAAUAUUUAUUGGAUGAAGCAGAUUUGGAUGACGAUGGAGCCUUGAGCUUUGCAGAAUUUGAACACAUUAUUGAAAAAAGCAGUGAUUUCUCUAAGACUUUUCGCAUACGCUUAUAAAAUAUAGGAAAACAAAUAAUAACACCGAAUAGUCAAAACAAGACUGAACAGGUUAGUGACGAUGGAUGACAGAUCUGCAUUUAGACAAAAAACGGCCUAAGAUAUCCAAGGUGCAUUCUAAUUGGAAUACCAAAAAAUACCAACCAACGCUCUAAUCGAAGCUAAGGUCUAAAUCUCAUCCUGAGUUCAUUUAUAUUUAUAUAUAAUUGAUUUGAUUGAGCAUUUUAUAUGCCUAGAUAUCAGAUUCCUUUAAUAUAGAGAAUUAUUAAAUUCAGCCAUACUCAGAAAAUUGAGUUUCGGGACAGCAUGGAUCAUUUUCUUGCUAGGCAGUUGUUAUUGUAAUAUUUAUAUGCAGUGCUGUCUAGAAUUUCAUAAGUAAUAUAUUCUUACAUAAUUUAAUAACUAUGAACAAUCCCGAUCAUGAACAGACUUGAAUUUUGUAAUGUCAUCUGAUAGAUAGAGUAAAUGAUAUUCAAUUCAUAACUAGAACUUUGAUAAAACUUAUAUGUAAAACUCAAAACAGUCAGAUAUCCAAAGCGUUAAACAGUUUAAGUACAGUCUUAGAUUACUAGUGCAAUAGAAUCGAAAGAUUAAAUUUUUCUUUUUGUUUAUAUAAGGUAUCUUACAUUUAUAGUCAACUAUUUGAUAAUAUGAGGGAGACUAAAGGGACCCACAUAUAUAUAUUUUUUUCCAUCUAGUUUAUAAUAAAAUGUGUUGCAUUUCUA